AUGGAGACUUCAUCGUCGGUUGACAAAACCCUGCCUGCGGAGGUGAAGGCGACGCUCAACCACGAAAUCGCCGAGAACGUCAAGUCCAACACGACCGAAGCCUCGCCUUCAGACCCCCCAGCCAAUGCACCGAAAAAGAAGGAAAAGGCUCCCAAACAACCCAAACAACCAAAAGCAGCACCUCCAUCGGUACCGCUGAGUCCUGCCCUCAUUGACCUGCGGGUCGGUCACAUCCUGCGGGCCAUCAACCAUCCCAAUGCGGACAGCUUGUACGUGUCGACCAUCGCCAUGGGCGACCCCGAAGGCACCGAACACACCCAGAUCGACGAGGAGACGGGUAAAGUGGUGAGGACUGUCUGUUCGGGACUGAACGGGCUGGUGCCCCUUGAAGAGAUGCAGGGUCGCAAGGUGGUGGUUGUUGCCAACUUGAAACCCGUCAAUAUGCGCAGCAUCAAGUCUGCCGCCAUGGUUCUCGCAGCCUCGCCACAGGCCGAAGAGGGAGCGGACCCCCAUGCUGCUGACCGCGUCGUCGAGCUCGUCAGUCCCCCUGAAGGUGCUGAGGCUGGCGACCGUGUCUACUUUGAGGGCUGGCCCUACGGUGAAGGACGCGGUCCCGAGAAACAGCUGAACCCGAAGAAGAAGCAGUGGGAGGCAAUUCAGCCUGGUUUUUACACGACUGAGGAUCUGGUUGUCGCCUUUGACGCAUCAAAGACGGAGGUAGAUGGUGACCAGAAGGGCGAGCUUAUCGUCGAGGGCAAGGGUAAAUGUACAGUCAAGACUUUGAAGGGUGCUGUUGUCAGGUAA